UCAGAGUGAAAUGUCAAAAAAGUAAAUAAAAACGCGUGUUGUAGUGUUUUCUCUGAAUGCAAAAAAGUCCUUUUUCUCCUCAAUUUUCCACGAAAAUUCAGCAAUAAAUUAUGGAAGUUGCAGUGAAAAAUGAAACUGUGGAGAGUGUAGUGUCAAAAGACGAUGAUGAUUUCCUUAAAUUGGGUUUUGGUAGUGCAGAAGAGGGAAGUGAUGAAGAAGCAGAAGUUCCAGAGAUUUCCUGGUUCAGGGAGCUAAAACUAGAAGAACAGUCCGAUAAGAAAGAUGAGAAGCAGGAGAAAAAGAAGAAAAAGACCAAGAGGAACCCACCCUCUGGCCCGGAUGACGAAGAAAAAGAACUUAUGGAAGCAAUCUUCGGGAACAAGGAGAAACUCUUUGAGAACCUGAAAGAGAAGCCAGAAAAGGAUAAAACAGAAGCUCCAAGCAAUAAAAGGAAGCACGCUUGGACAGAUUCCGAUGAUGAGGGAGUGACAAUUGAGGAAGGCCUGAAGAAAUCCCAUAAACAAUCCUUCCUUCUCGAUCCCAAGGCGCAAUACAGCAAACUCCUCAGCAACAAGUACCAGAAACUCGUUGGGACACCCAAAUGGGCAGAAAUGGACAGGGUAGCGAGUGAUUCUGAAGAUGAGGAACUCCUCAAAACAGUCGGACAUGUCCUCAAGGGCAAAAAAGGCUCCAUCCUGGAGAAUUCAAUUGAAUUCCAGAGACUCAAAGACCUCAACAGAUCCACCUACUGCGAAGGCCUUGUGACUUCUGUCGAGUUCCAUCCCACAUCCACAGUGGCUCUGGUGAGUGGCCUUCGGGGCGUAGCCUCAAUAUAUUCCAUCGAGAAGACAAAAUGCGAAAAAUUGCACAGCAUUCAAUUCGAAAAGUUUCCCCUGAAGUGCUGUAAAUUGUCCCUGGACGGAAGUGAAGCAAUCUUGGGUAGUCACAAGAAAUUCUUCUUCAGCUACAACCUGAUAACUGGCCAGAAACUCAAGUACUUUGUUCCCAAUAAUGCCACAAAAAUGACCAACUUCGAAAUAUCUCCGGAUGGAAAACUCCUAGCUCUUGCAGGAAGAUUCGGGGAGAUUCACAUCCUCAAUGCCAUCACGAAGGAGUGGAUUGUGACCCUAAAACAGGAAUAUGAAGUGACAGGAAUGAGUUUCUCUUCAGAUUCCCGGAUACUCUAUUGCCACAGCAACGAUUCCGAAGUGUCCGUCUUCAAUCUGACAGCCCAGAAGAUGAUGCAUCGCUUCUACGACGACGGUUGCCUGUCCGGAACAUCAAUCACCAUGAGUCCCAAUGGAAAAUUCCUAGCUACAGGGAGUGGACAAGGAAUAGUAAACAUUUACGGAACGGAAGAUCUUCUGGAGAAGAAAACACCAACUCCUGUGAAGAUCUUCAAAAAUCUCGUAACUUCCAUCUCAAGCAUGGCUUACAAUCCAUCUUCAGAGCUCUUGGGAAUGUGCUCUAGAGAAAUCAAUGAUGCCCUCAGACUAGCACACUUCCCAAGUGCUACAAUUUAUGCAAAUUUUCCGGGAAACAACCUGGCCAAGGCCAAACCAAACAUUCUCAGAUUUUCCCCAGGUGGGAGGUACAUGGCAGUUGGGAAUAUGAAUGGGAGAGUAUCGUUGUAUAUUCUUAAGCAUUAUGAAGGAUUUUAGUUGAAUAAACUAUGAAUUUUCAAG